GAUGUUUGGUUGGGUGAAAAUAAUUUCCCAAGUAAAAUAUUUACAAACACGGGAAAAAAGAGAGUUCUUUAUUAAGGAAAAUGUCUUACCCUUUUGAAUUCGGUAAGACAUUUUCCGGAAAAUGACACAUUCUUCUCCCCUUCCCCUUCCCCUUCCCCUUCCCAUUAGGUUGCAAAUUAGUUUGGUCAAGGAGCUUUUCCGGUUCCUCCUUCACCCAGGUAAGGCUCUUUCUCCUUCUUCCGUUCUUUAUUCCUUUUCCUUCUUCUGUUCUUCAUCUUCUCUUCCAGGUAAAAGUCCAUCGCAUAUUCUGUUCUUAUGGAGAUAAGUUUCCACAUACCCAACACCAACACCCAAUUUGUUGGUGAUGAAAAUCGUCCUCCUGCUCAGGUUUUCCAUGAAAAAAUCAUGUCAGUGGCUGAUGUUGGUACUGGAGUUGAGGAAGCUGUUGUCACUUUUAAGGGCAUUGUAAUCCUCACAACAAGAUUGGCUAUGUUGAAUUUGAGAGGCAUGCUGCUGGUGGCUCAAAUAUGCAUUACAUUGAUCUUCUUAUAAGAUUAAAAACUGAGCAAGAACAUUUAUUUCAGAAUAUUCAGAUAAAUGAAUAUUACAAUUUGUUUGACUUCAUCAGUUCUAAGGGUUUGAGGAUUAUGAACCUUGGAGAUGUACGAACCGCAGAUAGUGUAGCUGAGAUUCUUCAAAAUGAUAAUGAUGAUGCAGUUGAUCCACAUCUUGAACGCAUUAAGAACGAAGCUGGUAUAGGUGAAAGUGAUGAGGAGGAUGAGAACUUUAUUAUUGACAAGAACGACGGAGGUUCUCCAACUGAUGAUUCUGGGGAGGAAGAAUCUGAUGUUAGUGAAAGUGGAGAUGAGAAAGAGAAACCUGCGAAAAAGGAUCAAAGGAAGGAAGUUGUUGUUGCUACAGCUGCAACUGCCUCUUCUUCUAAAGAAAGUAAGAAGAAAGGUAGAGAUGGACAAGAUGAUGGAAAGAAGAAGAAAAGGAAAAAGAAGGAUCCUAAUGCACCAAAGAGGGCAAUGACCGGCUUCUUCUAUUUUUCAUAGGCGGAAAAAGAG